AUGGCGGAAGUAGAAACCCCGAAAACGAUACCGGACGCCACCCGCCCUGGACAUCGGAAAUUCAGCAAACCGCCGGUUAAAGUGGCCUGCCUUGCUUGUCGUUCACUCCGGAUUCGAUGCGACGGACUCGAACGAUGCGCAAAUUGCGUCGCAAGAGAGACAGCGUGCUGCUAUGUCGCCAGCAAGCGCGGGGGCCCUCGGCUCCGCAAGCGCAAGCGGGCACUGACACCAGUAUCAGGGUCGAUGGAAACGUCGUCAGCUUCGAUAUCGAAUGACGAGCCGGGGAUGGACGGGUUGGGGCUAACGGAAACAGUCUGGCUGGACCAGUUAUUCACCCUCGGCGCCCCUGGUGCAGGACUCCGGAGCAUCGAGAGCUCGGUUUCGGAGAUUGAGCAGAUCUUCGAUGAGAUCUUUGCGAAGGAUAGUGUGCGGAUACCGUCCGAACCAGAAGAGGUUGCUGUCGAGCCAGAUCUCCUGCAGACGUAUGCCUCGAAUGAAAAUAUGUUGGACGCAUAUUACGUCUUUAUUCAUCUGUACUGUCCCCUUCUUCCUCCCCCUGAACGACUCCCUGUGCGCAACAAGCCCACCUACAGCCCGUCAACGUACCGACCGUCUAGCCCACUAGCACUCGCGGUGUGUGCCAUACUAGCGCUGAUACCCCAUCCGGAAGUGCGGCAGCCCUCGAAACCGGAUUAUGUCAAGCUACGACGGGAGAUGGCUCACUCGUACGCGCAGUCUGCUCUGGAAGCUGUGGAGGCGGAUCUGGAGCUGCUGGAUUCAGCAUCGGAUCCGUCGCGCGCCUUGUCGGAGGGAGUGGCGCGGUGUUCGCGGGAGCCGUUCCACGUAAAGGUGCCCGUGGAACUUGAAGCAGUAUUGGCGUUGGUAUUGCUCAGUAGCUACGAGUAUGCACAGCGAGGAAAUGUACAGAAGAUGUGCAAUCGGGCGGGGCAGGCGUUGGCGGCGGCUCUGAGUAUGUCAUUACACGAGACUAUGGAAGAGGAUGGCUUUGCGGAGGCGCGACGGAGGGCGUGGUGGAUGACGUAUAUGACGGUCUGUCAAGGGUCAAUUGUGAGCGGCAUGCCUCCUGUGAUCAACUUGUAUGAUCCUAGAUUUGUGACCCCCUAUCCAAAGGGCUGGAAAAUCCUCAUUGAAGCACAACAAACCAUACUGGAGGCCACGACUUUCAUCCACGACCUCAACCUCACUGUGAGAUCGCAGUACAAGGCCCCAUGGAUAUCAAAGCGCAUGAUGGACCUCGACAGUCAAAUAACCUACCUCUUACAUCCCUGCCGGGCAUCUUCACCUUCACUGCCCCGGUUUCCACCUACCCCGACCGAUUCCCCAGAAACAAUAGCUUUGCAGAGCAUAAGAUACAUAGCCGAAAUCAAACUGCAUAGCGCCCGCAUCAAAACCCACCGCUUCUGCGCUUUCCAAGACGCGGCCAUCUUCCGCCGCCGUCACUGCGACCUCCAUGCGACGGUCGCUCUGACAAGAAACACAUCUGCGCACACCUGCUGCAGUCUCCCCAUGGCGCAAUCUCAACCGCAACCUCAACCCCGAAACACUCGGAUUGCCUUCCCCUUCUCCAGCCACGCCUCCUCCAAGAUCUGCCUCCAUGCCGCUCUCAACAUCACCAACCUCCUCGACAGCCUCCCCUAUCCGAACCCGAGCAACGAGAUCCCGCUCACUCGACCCCCUUAUCUCUCACGGCACUCUCGAGUCGAGAUUCCCAGGACGAUGCCAUCAUUCGCUUGCUGCGCGAUGCAGGCGAGCUAUGUGAUGAUGAUGCUGGGGAUGAAGGCGAGGGGGAGUGUCAGCGCCCCGAGCAACGCGGGAGGUGGAGGAGGCAGUGGGAGGUCGCUGGACGGGUUUGUAGAGGAGUUGCGGCAUAGUCUGCGUGGGGUGUGGAAGGUUCUGGGGAAUUAUGCGAUUGCGUUUGAGGCUGUUGGGGGGAUGAGAGGUUGGUCUUCUCUCUUUGUUCUGCAAUGA